AAUUUAAAGGCGCCCCCUUCACAGAGCGUCCGGUUAGUGAUCAGGCUCCGGCACGCUUGAGCGCGCAGAGUGUGUUCGUGCAGUGACAGUCUUAUGUAAGCCGCGCAACACAGAGCCACGAUGUCCGACGCUGCUGCUCCAGCAGACAACAACGGGGAGCCUGGGUUAAACGGGUCAUGGGUAGAGCUGGAGAUGAACAGAAAUGCCGCAUCUCUCUCUUCCUCCAGCCUCUCAGUGCCGCCCCCUCUAGCCCAAGUAGUAGAGGAGGAUGUUGGGAUUGUGGGCGGGCUUGAACACGUUCCCUCAUCAUCUUCCAUCCACAAUGGAGACAUGGAAAAAAUCCUGCUAGAUGCCCAGCAUGAAUCCAGCCGCAGUAACUCCUCAUGCGACAGCCCUCCUCGACCUCACAGUCCUCAGGAUGAAGGCCAGAUCAUUUUCGACGUAGACAUGAGGAGGGACAGUCAGGAGGAAGUCAUGGAGAAGAUCAGAGAUGAUGACAUCUUAAUGAAGGAUUCAGACUGGGUGGCAGACUGGUCAAGUAGACCAGAGAAUAUUCCGCCUAAGGAGUUUCAUUUCCAGCACCCGCGGCGUUCAGUGACUCUCAGCAUGAGGAAGACAGGAGCCAUGAAGAAAGGAGGCAUCUUCUCUGCUGAGUUCCUCAAAGUGUUCAUCCCGUCACUGCUUCUGUCCCACAUCCUGGUCCUGGGUCUUGGGGUCUACAUUGGGAAAAGACUGACAACUCCCCCUGCAAGCUCCAUUUGAACACCGAUCUGAUCAAGUGCCUCAGGCCAGACCCAGGUGGAUUAGGGAGAAGGUUGCAGUUUGUACGAAGAAGCCCCUGCGGCCCCUUUCUGCUUCUUUUAGUCUUUUCAGCCACCUUUUCUUCCAUUUUUUAGUAGUUCCUUUAUUUAGCCUUUCCAGGUUGAGAAGCAUAAGUGAUAAACUUCUCCUCAUGUCAGGCCCUUUUUUUUCUCGUUUAUCAUUUUCUGUAUCUCUUUUCCAGUUCUGAAUGUUCUAACACCCCCUCUAAGUUCAUUUGGAAGUAUGUGGGGCAUUGCAUGAAACCAAAUGUGCACACGCUAGCCUCGAACUAGCUAGAUUCAACUAGGAGGCAAAAAACAUCCCGUUUUGGUCCAAUCACAUGACCCAACUGUGGCCACUCACAGGUGAUAAAGAAUCCCCAUUUUUCAGCCUCAAAAUGGGAUCAACCAAAAUAUAUUGACUUAUGAAGUUAUAUAAGCAUGCCUGAGUGCAAGCUAAGAUUUUAUUUAUUACUACAAAUGCUACCAAUUUAGUUCUUUUAUUGACUUCAAGGGCGGAACGCCAGGAUGAUGGACUUGGAAGUGUUUCUGGAAUGAUAGGCCUCUCCGUAGACCCCAAACUCUUCUGGUAAAGACAGAAAAUUAAUAGCUGAGGCAUAAUAUAUGUUUAUGACUUUAUCACAUGCAAUUUUAUACCAACUUUUUCAAAAUCUUUUACACAACCCUGACAGAGGCAAUACCUGUUACACUUAAUUGUCUCAUGCAUAUAUUCAUUUUUUUUUAAAUACUUCAUCUCAUAAACAUAGAUAAAAACCAGUCUGAUGGGGCUGAUGGAUCCCUGUAUGAAAAAAAGUCAUUUUAUCUGUCCUUGUUUCUCUGUGUUUGUUGUGUCGUUUUCUUCGUUUUUCUUCACAUACAUAUCAGUACCUAGUGAUUUCUUACUAGGCUUCUACAACAUAGCCUACUUUGCAGUGCCACACAGUUUACCAUUAGCAUUCAGAGCUGAAAGGAUCUUGCUGACAACAGCUUUAGUGUUUUGCCAUGCUGUCAUGGCUGUGUCAGACUUUCUGGAAUUUUGUUAAACACUUUCAUACUUCUCAGUCUCUUGCUGAUUUAUAGCAUUCCCAUGCUGUUAGCUUGAGGACUUCAGUGCAAGAGAAAACUUUCUUCAAUUUAUAGGAAUAACUCAAAAAAGAAAGAAGAAUAUUCUGUCAUUAUUUACUCAACUUCAUGUUGUUCCAAACUUGUUUUUCUUUUAUCUGUGUAACACAAAAGAAGAAGCUUUGAACAAUGUCUGUGCUGCUCUUUUCUGCACUAUGAAAGUUCAUGGAGAUAAACUGGAAAAGGGCAGCUUGGAUAUCUUUAAAAUAUCUCCAUAUACAAAAGGUUGCUUAAUGAUGGCAGAAUUGUAAUUCUUGUGUGAGCUACUAUCCAGGCACACUUACAGUCAUAGUCACGCACAUUUAGUGAACACUAACACUCCAGCACCACAGGUGACUGUGUUAUCCUGGACAUGAACAUCGCAGUGCUCAUCGUUGGAAGCAGGAUUUGUGUAUUUAACACUUAAGUGAAUUAUCAUCAAGUCUAGUAGUGUUUUGCCUCUUUUUAAAGUGUAUUUUGGAUGUGUGAACAUGUUUCCAUUGGUCUUCAUUGUCUACCUGAGGAUCUACUUCUCCUCGAACACAGCUGCCAAAACCAACUGAGAGCUCAACUCUUAUGAACUUUGUGCCUCGUUUCCUUAAUCAUGUUUGAUACGGCAUCCUGUUAUCAUUUCCUGUCGUCAUGUUUGCGUUUUUGUGCCACAAGCUUGUUCUUUUUGUUGUUUUGCAUCUUCUUGGUGAGCAUGAC